AUGAAUAUGACGGAUCUGAUCAAAAGCUCAAAAGCUCAGGGGAAGCAACCUAGAAGUACGAAACAAUCAAUCGUCUUGUCCAAUCCCGACCGCGCGCACGAGAUUUUGACACCCCAGCAGCAUCGUCGCCUCUUCGCGCUCACCUCGCCUCCGGCUGUUGCGGGCUCUCGGAGACUUGUCGUCGCCUGGCACGAGGACGGAGAAAAGCGCGAAAAGCACAGACCAAGCUCUGCCAUGAGGUGGCGCCCCCUCAACGUCGCGAGCGUCGUGUCGCCACGGGCGGUGCUCACGCUAGCGGCGAGCGGCACGCUAUGGCUGAUGAUCUUUGUCUACCACAACCACGCUCUCUGGCGUGACCCGCAUGGUGCUUAUUUCCACAGCGAAAAUGCCUUUGACCUGGGCUAUUCGCGCGUGCGUCAGGAAGAGGCUCGCGCCUUUCUCCACCAGUACUCGCGUGACCCGAGUUCAAGCCCAAACCCAAGCUCAAGCGCAAACCCAAGCUCAAACUCGUCGAGCACCGAAGGCCUAAACGCAGCCUCGGCGCCGCUGCACGCCGGCGACCACCCCGCGCUCUGCGCAGCCUUCAUCACCAUGCGCCGCACCCACCCCGACGCGGCACACUACUUCCCCGACUCCAUCGGGUCGAUGCUCGCGGGCCUGUCUCCGCGGGAGCGCGCGGCAGUCAACCUGACCAUCGUGUUCGGCAACGUAGCCGGCGACGCGCAGCACGCCGACUUCGCAGCCGCGUACCCGUGGCUGCCGGCGCUGGUCGACCGCUACGGCGGGUACGAGGGCCUGUCGGACGGCGAGCUGGCCGAGCUGGCCCGCCUCGAGGAGGCGCGCGACUUCCAGCGUAAGGGCGUGCUCGACUACCUGUACGCCCUCGAGCGCUGCUACAACGACACGGCCGCGCCCUUCGUUGCCGUCUUCGAGGACGACAUCGUCUUCGCCGCCGACUGGCUGGCCCGCACCCUGCUCGCCCUGCAGCGCCUGGCCACAGCCACAGCCCCCGCCGGCUCCGACCCCUGGCUGUACCUGCGCCUCUUCUACAGCGAGACGUACAUGCUGUGGCUGUCGGGCGACGACUGGUGGUACGGCCACCUGUGGGUCACGCUGCCGCUGGUCAGCGCCGCGUCGGCCGCCGCGCUGCUGCUGGCCCGCCGCGUGCAGCGCCGCGUGCCGCUCGACGUGGCCACCGUGGUGGUGCUGUCGGUCGUCGUGGCGCCGGCGUUUACCGUGCUGGCCUUCAUGGCCGGCAAGUACAACCUGCCCAUGUAUGCGCUGCGCGACGGCGGGCUGCUGAACCACAAGGCCAUCCUGAACAUGGUCGGGCGGGUGGACGACGCCGGGGUCGUGCCCAUGGACGCCCAGGGCUGCUGCUCGCAGGCGCUGGUGUUUGACCGCCGCCGCGUGCCGGACCUGGUGCGCGUGCUGCGCGAGCGCGGCCGUGGCCAGACCGACCUGAUGAUCGAGGACUACUGCAACGACGCGCGCCACCCCAUGCACCGGUUUGCGCUCGGCGAGCAGGCUGUGCAGCACGUCGGGUUCGUGAGCAGCCGCGGCGGCGGCGAGGCGGGGCCCAAGAGCGUGUGGGCGUUUUACUUUGAGGAGAGCACCGUCGAGGAGCUGGAGCGCAGCAGGGCGAGUGCGCUGGAUCGGAUAGACUGGGGGUUGUUUGACAUGCUGCGGCGGGGGGGAUGA